AUGGCCGCCAAUGUGGGAUCGAUGUUUCAAUAUUGGAAGCGAUUUGAUCUACGGCGACUCCAGAAGGAGCUUAAUUCCGUCGCUUCCGAGCUGUCUGCACGGCAGGAGGAGAGUGAACAUUCUCAUAAACAUUUAAUUGAACUCCGCCGGGAAUUUAAGAAAAAUGUACCUGAGGAAAUCAGAGAGAUGGUGGCUCCUGUAUUAAAAAGCUUCCAAGCUGAGGUGGUGGCCCUUAGUAAGAGAAGUCAGGAGGCGGAGGCCGCUUUUCUGAGUGUUUACAAGCAGUUAAUUGAAGCACCAGACCCUGUGCCUGUGUUUGAGGUGGCACGCAGCCUAGACGACAGACUGCAGCCCCCCAGCUUCGACCCCAGUGGGCAGCCCCGGCGAGACCUCCACGCUUCGUGGAAGAGGCACCCUGAGCUCCUCAGCCCCAAAGAGCAGAGAGGGGGGACGUCUCCGGCCGGGCCCACGCUGACCGAGGGAAGGCGCCUCCCAGGCAUUGCCGGCAAAGCCCUCCUGACAGAAACCUUGCUGCAGAGAAAUGAGGCAGAGAAACAAAAGGGCCUUCAAGAAGUACAAAUCACUUUGGCGGCCAGACUGGGGGAGGCAGAGGAGAAAAUCAAAGUCCUACAUUCAGCGUUAAAGGCCACGCAGACAGAGCUGCUAGAGCUGCGACGGAAAUACGACGAGGAGGCAGCAUCCAAGGCAGAUGAAGUCGGGCUGAUCGUGACCAACCUGGAGAAAGCUAAUCAGCGAGCCGAGGCUGCACAGCGGGAAGUGGAAAGCCUUCGGGAACAACUCGCCUCUGUCAACAGCUCCAUCCGCCUGGCCUGCUGCUCUCCCCAGGGACCCCCAGGGGAUAAGGUGAACUUCACGCUUUGCUCGGGCCCUCGGCUGGAGGCUGCGCUGGCCUCCAAGGAUCGGGAGAUCCUGCGGCUGCUGAAGGACGUGCAGCACCUCCAGAACUCUCUGCAGGAGCUGGAGGAGACCUCUGCCAACCAGAUCGCGGACCUGGAGCGGCAGCUCAUGGCCAAGUCCGAGGCCAUAGAGAAGCUGGAAGAGAAGCUCCAGGCGCAGUCUGACUAUGAAGAAAUUAAAACAGAGCUGAGCAUCCUGAAAGCCAUGAAGCUGGCCUCCAGCACCUGCAGCCUCCCGCAGGGCCUGGCCAAGCCCGAUGACUCGCUGCUCAUCGCCAAGGAGGCCUUCUUCCCCACACAGAAGUUCCUUCUGGAAAAGCCUGGUCUUUUGGCCAGCCCUGAGGAGGACCCUUCAGAGGAUGAUUCCAUCAAGGACUCGCUGGGAACGGAGCAGUCCUACCCCUCCCCUCAGCAGCUUCCACCUCCACCAGGGCCUGAAGACCCCCUGUCCCCCAGUCCUGGGCAGCCCCUGCUGGGCUCUGGCCUGGGGCCCGAUGGCCCUCGGACUUUCUCGCUGUCCCCCUUCCCCAGCCUGGCCUCUGGGGAGAGACUGGCUGGGGACCCGCUGCUGUCCAAGCACAUGAUGCCCCCAGCCGCCUUCAAGGGCGAAGCAGGCAGCCUGCUGGUGUUCCCUCCAACCUUCUAUGGCGCCAAGCCCCCUACAGCCCCUGCCACCCCAGCCCCUGGCCCUGAGCCGCCCGGAGGCCCUGAGCCAGCAGAUGGCGGAGGGGGCGGCACGGCGGGGACAGGAGCUGGGGCAGAGGAGGAGCAGCUGGACACGGCGGAGAUCGCCUUCCAGGUGAAGGAGCAGCUGCUCAAACACAACAUCGGGCAGCGGGUGUUCGGCCACUAUGUGCUGGGGCUGUCUCAAGGCUCGGUCAGUGAGAUCCUGGCCCGGCCCAAGCCCUGGCGCAAGCUCACGGUGAAGGGCAAGGAGCCCUUCAUCAAGAUGAAGCAGUUCCUAUCCGAUGAGCAGAACGUGCUGGCUCUGAGGACCAUCCAAGUGCGGCAGCGAGGCAGUAUCACUCCGAGAAUCCGCACGCCUGAGACGGGCUCAGAUGACGCCAUCAAGAGCAUCCUAGAGCAGGCCAAGAAGGAGAUCGAGUCGCAGAAGGGGGGUGAGCCUAAGAACUCGACAGCCCCGUUGAGCAUCCCCAACGGCACAGCCUCCGCCAGCACCUCGGAAGACGCCAUCAAGAACAUUCUGGAGCAGGCGCGCCGCGAGAUGCAGGCGCAGCAGCAGGCCCUGCUGGAGGUGGAGGCCGGUCCCCGGGGCCGCUCGGUGCCCCCGUCCCCGCCGGAGCGGCCGUCGCCGGCUGCCGUGAGCCAGAGCGGGGCCCCCGCCUACGUCAAGCAGGAGGACGGGGGCCGCGGGGCCACCAGCAGCAGCGCCACGCAGACGCCCCUCACCGUGCUGUCCCCUGCCGCCUUCGUGCAGAGCAUCAUCCGCAAGGUCAAGUCGGAGAUCGGCGACGCGGGCUACUUCGAGCAGCACUGGGCCUCGGACCGCGGCCUGCUCAGCCGCCCCUACGCCUCGGUGUCGCCGUCGCCGUCCUCCUCCUCCUCCAGCCACUCCGGCCCGCCCAACGGCCGGGCCUGGCCCCGCGGCGAUGAGGCCGUCCCCGCCCCCGACGACGAGGCGGCCGGGCCUGAGGAGGAGCCGCCCCGGGCGGGCGAGCUCAAGGCCGAGGGCGCCGUCCCCGAGGCGGGCGGCGGGAGGCUGGCCUACUACCCGGCCUACGUGCCGCGCACGCCCAAGCCCACCGUGCCGCCCCUGACCCCCGAGCAGUACGAGCUGUACAUGUACCGCGAGGUGGACACGCUCGAGCUGACGCGCCAGGUCAAGGAGAAGCUCGCCAAGAACGGGAUAUGCCAGAGGAUCUUCGGGGAGAAGGUGCUGGGCCUGUCACAGGGCAGCGUGAGCGACAUGCUGUCCCGGCCAAAGCCCUGGAGCAAGCUGACACAGAAGGGGCGGGAGCCCUUCAUCCGCAUGCAGCUGUGGCUCUCGGACCAGCUCGGCCAGGCUGUGGGCCAGCAGCCCAGCGCCUCCCAGGCCAGUCCAACUGAGCCAAGGUCCUCACCAUCUCCACCCCCCAGCCCCAUGGAGCCUGAGAAGAGCUCCCAGGAGCCCCUGAGCCUGUCCCUGGAAAGCAGCAAGGAAAACCAGCAGCCAGAGGGCCGUUCAGGCUCCUCACUGGGUGGGAAGAUGUACUCAAGCAGCCAGGCCACAGGAGGCAUCCAGGAGAUUGUGGCCAUGUCCCCCGAGCUGGACACAUACUCCAUCACGAAGAGGGUCAAGGAGGUCCUCACAGACAAUAACCUAGGGCAGCGGCUGUUUGGGGAGAGCAUCCUGGGCCUGACACAGGGCUCCGUGUCUGACCUGCUGUCUCGGCCCAAACCUUGGCACAAGCUGAGCCUGAAGGGGCGGGAGCCUUUUGUCCGCAUGCAGCUGUGGCUCAAUGACCCCCAUAACGUGGAGAAGCUGAGGGACAUGAAGAAGCUGGAAAAGAAAGCCUACCUGAAACGCAGGUACGGCCUCAUCAGCACCGGUUCGGAUAGUGAGUCCCCGGCCACCCGCUCCGAGUGCCCCAGCCCCUGCCUGCAGCCCCAGGACCUAAGCCUUCUGCAAAUCAAGAAGCCCCGGGUGGUGCUGGCACCCGAGGAGAAGGAGGCACUGAGGAAAGCCUACCAGCUGGAGCCCUACCCCUCCCAGCAGACCAUCGAGCUUCUCUCCUUCCAGCUCAACCUCAAGACCAACACCGUCAUCAACUGGUUCCACAACUACAGGUCCCGGAUGCGCCGGGAGAUGUUGGUGGAAGGGACCCAGGAUGAGCCGGACCUCGACACAGGUGGGGGUCCUGGUGUCCUGCCGCCAGGCCACUCCCACCUGGGCCCCACCCCGCAGAACCCUGACUCUGAGGCUGAGGACCAGAAGCCUCCCGUGAAGGAACUGAAGCUUCAGGAGGGCUCUAAAGAGAGCAACGCACCCCUGACUGCCCAGGACAAGGCCCAAGUGAGGAUUAAGCAGGAACAGACUGAGGAGGACACUGAGGAAGAGGUGGGCAGCCAGCCCCAGGACUUAGGGGAGCUGGACAAAGACCAUAGUCCCCCCAAAGAGGAGCAUCCUGACCUUCCGGGUAAUGACAGACUCCCAAAAGUGGCCCCAGAGCCCCUCCUUCCAGGUGGGACCACUCCAGACUGCCCCUUGUUACAUCCCCCCCAGGAGAGUGAGGCCAGGGAGCGGCUUCACCUGGACCCUCUAAGUUUUAAGUCGGCCUCGGAGUCCUCACGCUGCAGCCUAGAGGUGUCGCUGAACUCGCCCUCUGCUGCCUCCUCACCAGGCCUCAUGAUGUCUGUGUCACCCAUCCCUUCCUCCUCAGCUCCCAUCUCCCCAUCCCCACCCGGCGCCCCCCCUGCCAAAGUGCUGAGUGCCAGCCCCACUGCCGACAUGGCCGGGGCCUUGCACCCCAGCACCAAGGUGAACCCCAACUUGCAACGGCGGCACGAGAAGAUGGCCAACCUGAACAGCAUCAUCUACCGACUAGAGAGGGCUGCCAAUAGGGAGGAGGCCCUUGAGUGGGAGUUCUGAAGGUGGGGGGGGCAAGGGAA